GGCAGGGAGUGAGCGCGGCGGCAAGGAGGAGGAGGCGGCGGGAGGGGGUGAGAGUUGAGAGUUCAGCCGCCGUCGUCGCCAGCCCGGACCCAUGAUUCCCAUAUGCCCGGUGGUUUCCUUCACCUAUGUGCCCAGCCGGCUGGGGGAAGAUGCCAAAAUGGCCACCGGCAACUACUUUGGGUUCACCCACAGCGGGGCUGCUGCCCAGUACAGCCAGCAGCCAGCUUCGGGUGUAGCCUAUUCCCAUCCAACUACAGUUGCUAGCUACACUGUUCAUCAGGCUCCAGUAGCUGCGCACACAGUUACUGCUGCCUAUGCGCCAGCAGCAGCAACAGUUGCUGUAGCCAGGCCUGCUCCAGUAGCUGUUGCAGCUGCUGCAACAGCUGCUGCCUAUGGAGGUUACCCUACGGCACACACAGCAACAGAUUAUGGUUAUACCCAGAGGCAACAAGAAGCUCCACCACCACCACCUCCAGUCACUACGCAAAACUACCAGGACUCCUACUCAUAUGUCAGAUCUACUGCCCCAGCUGUAGCUUAUGACAGCAAGCAGUACUAUCAACAACCGACAGCAACUGCAGCUGCAGUGGCUGCUGCUGCCCAGCCUCAGCCUUCCGUAGCCGAAUCGUACUACCAGACAGCUCCAAAAGCAGGAUAUAGCCAAGGAGCUACUCAGUAUACCCAAGCACAGCAAACUCGACAAGUGACAGCCAUAAAACCAGCCACCCCAAGUCCAGCUACAACUACAUUCUCUAUAUAUCCAGUAUCCUCCACUGUGCAACCAGUGGCAGCUGCUGCUACUGUUGUUCCAUCCUAUACUCAAAGUGCUACAUAUAGUACAACAGCAGUUACUUAUUCUGGUACCUCUUAUUCUGGCUAUGAAGCUGCAGUAUAUUCAGCUGCAUCAUCCUAUUAUCAGCAGCAGCAGCAGCAACAGAAACAGGCAGCAGCAGCUGCUGCUGCUGCUGCUGCAACAGCCGCCUGGACAGGGACCACCUUUACUAAAAAGGCACCAUUCCAAAAUAAGCAAUUGAAACCAAAACAGCCUCCCAAACCACCCCAGAUCCACUAUUGUGAUGUCUGUAAGAUCAGCUGUGCUGGACCACAGACUUAUAAAGAGCACUUGGAAGGCCAGAAACACAAAAAGAAAGAAGCAGCCUUAAAAGCAUCUCAAAACACCAGCAACAGCAGCACAUCUGCUCGUGGAACACAGAAUCAGUUGCGCUGUGAGCUCUGUGAUGUGUCUUGUACAGGAGCAGAUGCAUAUGCUGCCCACAUUCGUGGAGCCAAGCAUCAGAAAGUGGUUAAGUUGCACACAAAACUGGGCAAACCCAUUCCUUCAACUGAACCAAAUGUUGUCACCCAGGCUACUUCUUCAGCAUCCACAUCUGCUUCCAAACCAGCUGCCUCUGCUUCAAAUAUUGCAACUAGCAGCAACACUGUGAACUCCUCCGUUGCAUCUUCAGCAGUGAAAAUUCUUACUCCCACGACAAACACACCACUUAACACAGUAUCCAACAACAAAACAUCUACAGUUGCUGCUAAUAUUGCUGUAAAGAAAAUAUCUACACCGAAAAUAAACUUUGUUGGCAAGUACAGAAGUGGUAAUAAACUACAAACAACAAACAAACUGGAUGAAAUGAAAGCCGCUGAAAAUGUUAAGACCACUCCUGUUGCUACAGUACAGACACAAGAAGUUAAACCAGAUGCAACAUCUGAACCAGUAACACCCACAACUCUUGCUGCUUUACAGAGUGAUGUUCAGCCUGUGGGCCAUGACUAUGUGGAAGAGGUGCGGAAUGAUGAAGGAAAAGUGAUCCGCUUCCACUGCAAACUUUGUGAAUGCAGUUUUAAUGAUCCUAAUGCCAAGGAGAUGCAUCUAAAAGGAAGGCGGCACAGACUUCAGUAUAAAAAAAAAGUAAAUCCAGAUUUGCAAGUAGAAGUAAAACCUAGUAUCAGAGCAAGAAAAAUUCAAGAAGAGAAGAUGAGAAAGCAAAUGCAAAAAGAAGAAUAUUGGAGAAGACGAGAAGAGGAAGAGCGCUGGAGGAUGGAAAUGAGACGCUAUGAAGAGGACAUGUAUUGGAGGAGGAUGGAAGAGGAGCAACAUCAUUGGGAUGACCGUCGCAGAAUACCUGAUGGGGGAUAUCCUCAUGGUCCUCCUGGACCUCUAGGCCUACUGGGAGUUAGACCAGGAAUGCCACCUCAGCCCCAGGGACCAGCUCCUCUACGCCGCCCAGAUUCAUCUGAUGACCGUUAUGUAAUGACCAAACAUGCAGCUAUUUAUCCAACUGAGGAAGAACUUCAGGCAGUUCAAAAAAUAGUUUCCAUUACAGAGCGUGCUCUGAAACUUGUGUCUGACAGCAUGACUGACCAUGAAAAAAGUAAGAACAAAGAAGGAGAUGAUAAAAAAGAUGGCAGCAAAGACAGAGCCUUGAAAGGAGUUUUACGAGUAGGAGUUUUAGCUAAAGGCUUGCUUCUCCGUGGAGACCGGAACGUUAACCUGGUUUUGCUGUGUGCUGAGAAACCUUCAAAGACAUUACUCAGUCGUAUUGCAGAAAGUCUUCCCAAGCAACUUGCAGUGAUAAGUCCUGAGAAGUAUGACAUAAAGUGUGCAGUUCCAGAAGCAGCUAUAAUAUUGAAUUCAUGUGUGGAACCCAAAAUGCAAGUUACUAUCACAUUGACAUCUCCAAUCAUUCGUGAGGAAAACAUGAGGGAUGGAGAUGUAACCUCGGGUAUGGUGAAAGACCCACCGGACGUCUUGGACAGGCAAAAAUGCCUUGACGCUCUGGCUGCUCUACGCCACGCUAAGUGGUUCCAGGCUAGAGCUAAUGGUCUGCAGUCCUGUGUGAUUAUCAUACGUAUUCUUCGUGACCUCUGUCAGCGAGUUCCAACUUGGUCUGACUUUCCAAGCUGGGCUAUGGAAUUAUUAGUAGAGAAAGCAAUCAGCAGUGCUUCUGGACCACAAAGCCCAGGUGACGCACUGAGAAGAGUUUUUGAGUGUAUAUCUUCAGGCAUCAUCUUGAAAGGCGGUCCUGGCCUUCUGGAUCCUUGUGAAAAAGAUCCUUUUGAUACACUCGCUGUAAUGACAGACCAGCAAAGAGAGGAUAUUACUUCAAGUGCACAGUUUGCAUUGAGACUCCUUGCAUUCCGUCAGAUACACAAAGUUUUAGGAAUGGAUCCAUUGCCACAGAUGAAUCAACGUUUCAACAUCCAUAGCAACCGUAAAAGGAGAAGGGACAGUGAUGGAGUUGAUGGCUUUGAAGCAGAGGGGAAAAAAGACAAAAAAGAUUACGAUAACUUUUAAAAAUGUCUCUGAGCAUUAAGACCAGAGAUGAUGAUAAAAGUCCAUUUGUUGCCUGACUUACUUUCAUUCAUAAUAGUGUCUGUUUAAAACAUCUGGAAGAUUAAUUUUGCAGAAGAACACUUAGCUCUUCUACGAAUUCUAAACUUUCAGUGGAUGUGCUAUAUCAGACAGGUUAUGGAUAGAAAGAUAACAAAUGGAAGUUUUGUGCUCUGAUUUAAAAAGAAAAUAGUUCAAGAUUUUUUCCCUUACUUUUUCUUUAGUCAUAUGUUGCUAAUUUCCCAAUUGUUUUGUCCUGUUUAUUAACUAGUGCUUCAUCAUCUUACAUCCUGACUGUAUUUAAUGCAGCAUUUGUGCUUUGGUUGCUAUGUGUAUUUUGAUAUUUUAUUUAGAGGUUUUUUGUUUGCCUUUGACACUAGCUGUAUAAGUUACUUUGUGUUAGAUGUUAUAUACAGCUUCCCCUUCUACUUAAUAUUUUACAGCAGAAAUUUUUUUUGUAAAGUGAGACUGCAGGAUUAUGUUCUUUUCUAAAUGUGAAGGAUUACAACACAACUAUCCUGCCAUUUGAGCGCUCUGAAUUAAAUGUUUCUGCCAAUCUUGUGACAUUUGUCUCUUUAGUGUGAUAUAACGGUGUAAUUAAGACAAAUUUGUGUUAAUCUAAUCAGGUUUGCUGUUAGUUGUGCAUUAGCAGUGUAAAAGCUAAUAUAUACAGUAUGGUCUUGCAACAGUUUUAAAGCAGCUGCAUUAUUGAUGAAAAAAAAAAUUGCAUGAUGUUUUUGUUUUUAAUAGAAGGGCUUUUAAAACUAUCCUUUUAGUUUAAUGCGUAGGUCUUUGUAUGAUUGACUUUGUGACAUAGCAAGGCCAAAAAAUAACUUUCUGAAUUUUUUUUCUUAAGAUGCAAGUAAAAGAGGGCAUUCUCCCAUUUGGACAAAGUUAGUAGUUGUUUUCAAUAAACUUUGUCAGUGUGAUACUAAUGCCACUUCUUAGCCCUUAAAAUAAGUGUUUGUCAUAUCAGUGCCUGCAAAUUUACUCCUUAUAGCUAUUCCUGUAUACAAUUUCUGUAAUUUUCAGUAACUUAGAAAUUAAAACUAACAGAGUAUUGCUGACAAAGCAAAGGUUAUCAAAGAAAAAACCCAGAAAAUUAUUUGAUGUGGCCAUAGUGUAUGCUUAUGUCUCCUUCUUCAAAAAGCUAAGUAUAGCAGUGGUGUAAGUAAAGUUACAUCAUACUGUUGAUGUAUGCUCUGGUACACAGGUGUGAUUUGUUGUCACAGCACUACAGUGGAAUACACAAAUAAAAACUAAAAUUUAUUAAAUGACUAAAGUGCAUUAUACAAUGUAAACUGAAGUUUCGCUCAUUCUGUUUGGUGUGUACUAUGCUUAGUUGCAGACCUAUAAAACACAUACUUUAAUAUUGACUAACAUUCCUAUAACUCCUUUACAAAUGGCUGUAGGAGAAUGCUAGAUAUUGCAAAAACACUUGUUUCCUUAAUAAAAUAAGUUUAAAACCUU